AUGGAUCGUCCAGGUUUUGUCGAGACACCUGGCCGUCGCGUCUCUCGCAAGAGCUCUGCCUUUGAGGGUAGCGAAAACGAGACCGAGACUUCUGAUUCACCUGUCGCCACACGAUCGAAGUCCACCACCCGUCGUCGCGCAUCGGAGAAGGUCAAAACCGAAGAGGAAGAGACACCAGCGAAGCCCGCAACCAAUGGCAAAGCAACCUCCGGGAAAGCGACGAAUGGCAAAGCGGCUACCCCUAAGUCGAAGUCUAAGGCUGGGCAAAAGUCCGCGUCUCGUGUUGUGGAUGGCUGGGAGGAGGGCCUUGAUCCUAGGAUCGACUACAGUGGUCAUUAUGAAUUUGGUGGCUCCGCCGGAGUCACAGCCAUGAUGAUCGGUUUCCCACUCCUCAUGUACUACAUGUGGAUCGGCGCGACUUACUACAAUGGCAAAUUCCCGACGCGCGCUGAGGGACAAAGCUUCGCGGACUUCUUUAGCCACUUGGCUAAUCUGGUCUACACUGGCGCUUACCCCUCGUUAAAGGCGUGGACCAUCUACUGGGUUUUUUUCAUUUUCGAGGGCGCCUGCUACGUCCUUCUGCCCGGCGUAUCUGUGACUGGUCGUCGUCUGCCGCAUAUGGGUGGCAAGCAAUUGUCUUACCACUGCUCGGGCGUAUCUUCCUUCUAUACGAGCAUCGUUUUGGCAUUGGGUCUGCACUUCUCUGGUCUAUUCAAGCUCUACACCAUUAUUGACGAGUUCGGCCCGCUUUUGAGCGUUGCUAUCUUGUCUGGUUUCCUGGUUUCCUUCGUGGCGUACUUUUCUGCCCUGGCUCGUGGUGCGCAGCACCGUAUGACUGGAUCUCCGAUCUACGACUUCUUCAUGGGCGCCGAGCUGAAUCCGCGCAUGUUCGGCAUCCUGGACUUCAAAAUGUUCUUCGAGGUCCGUCUUCCUUGGUUUAUCUUGCUUUUCCUGUCUAUGGGCGCAGCCGCGCGUCAAUGGGAAGUCUACGGUUACGUUUCUGGGGAGGUCAUGUUCCUCCUCAUGGCGCACUUCCUAUAUGCCAAUGCGUGCGCCAAGGGUGAGGAGUGUAUUGUGUCGACUUGGGAUAUGUACUAUGAGAAAUGGGGCUUCAUGCUUAUCUUCUGGAACUUGGCCGGUGUCCCUCUGAGCUACUGCCAUUGCACCAUAUACUUGGCUAACCACGACCCGGCUGAGUAUCACUGGAACCGUUUCUUCCUUGCGUUCCUGUACAUUGGGUACCUCUUUGUCUACUGGGUUUGGGACACCACCAACAGCCAAAAGAACCGCUUCCGUCAGCAAGAGCGCGGCACUUUGGUGACCCGUAAGACUUUCCCUCAGCUGCCAUGGCAGACUUUGGAAAACCCCAAGACUUUGACCUCUGAAGACGGUUCUAAGAUCCUAGUGGAUGGUUGGUACGGCAAGGCCCGCAAGAUUCACUACACUUGCGAUCUUUACUUUGCUCUCAAUUGGGGUCUCAUCACUGGCUUCUCUAGCCCCUUCCCCUGGUUUUACCCUGUGUUCUUUGCCGCCAUGAUUUCACACCGUGCUCUGCGUGACAUCCAGCGGUGCCGUACCAAGUACGGCGAGACCUGGCUUGAGUAUGAACGGCAGGUUCCUUACCUCUUCAUCCCUGAUCGUCCAAUAACCCUAGGGUAUCUUGAAGUAUUCGUCAUGCUUAUUCGAGAAACUAUUCACGAUGUCCCAACCAAGGCCGAUGGCCUGGGAAUUAUGCGGAUCUAUGUCUUUCAUCCUACGAUCCCAGGAUAUCCCAAAGCUCGAUUCCCCGGCGUGGUUGUCUUCAGCGAGAUCUAUCAAGUAACGGGGCCAGUUGCUCGAUUUGCUCGCCAGAUCGCUGGUCAGGGCUAUAUCUGUGCCGCCCCCUCCAGCUACCAUGAAUUCACGGGUCCUGAGCCCUUGCAGUACAACGCCGAGGACACAGACAAGGGCAAUGAGUGGAAGAUCAGCAAGAAACUGGAAGCUUAUGACGAAGAUGCCAGCUUGACGGUCAACUACCUUCUCUCGCUGCCGACGUGCAAUGGUCGCGUCGGCGCAACGGGCAUGUGCCUUGGGGGUCACCUUGCUUACCGCUGUGCGCUGGACAGCCGGAUCAAGGCUGCUGUGUGCUACUUCGCUACGGAUAUCCAUAGCCAAACCCUGGGGAAGGGGAAGAACGACGACAGCCUUGCUCGGGCAGGCGAUAUCAAGGGCGAGCUGCUGAUGAUCUUCGGCAAGAGCGAUACGCACGUUCCCCCUGAGGGCCGCGAUUUGAUUCGCAAGACUCUUCAUGAGAAGGGGGUCUUGUUCAGCUUUUACGAGGUUGCCUGGGCCCAGCAUGCUUUCAUUCGCGAUGAACUUAGUAAGGGCCGCUAUGAUCCAGCCAUCAGCAAAAUAUGCUUUGAUAUGCUACUGGAAUUGUUUGGGCGCACAUUGAAACUCGAUCUGGGCGAGCAUGAUGGAAAGGAGCUUGUGGUGGAGGACGUCUGUUAA